AAUGGUGGACAGCCACAUAGGUGGGAGGUUGCCAUAAAAAGACGGCCCACAGCAGGUUGCAUUCCCACGGCUGGUCAGAGGAGGAAUGCUCUGUGCUCCCGCCCCAAGCUGCAUGGAGAAUCUGCGUGCUGCAGAGUGAGCUGUGUGCUUUGCCUAAUGGAAAGGAUAGUGUGCUCCAACUUCAUGUGGGUGGCAUUGGCCUCCUGCAUUCUGACCCUGGCACAUACGGUACAGCAAGGUUAUGGAAACCCCGCUGAAGCCAGUUCCUAUGUGCUGGACUUGGAUUGCGGAGCCCCUGGCACCCCAGAGGCAGACCUCUGUAUUGAUCCCUGCCAGAAUUACACCAGCUUGAACGAACCCUUCCGAAGCUCAGAAAACACAGAAUUCAUCCAGCAGUGUGACCGGGACAUGCAUGGCUGGUACCGCUUUGUUGGUGAAGGAGGAGUGAGGAUGCCGGAGACCUGUGUUCCAAUGUAUCGAUGCCAGGCAGCCGCUCCCAUGUGGUUGAAUGGGACCCACCCUGCCCUUGGGGAUGGCAUCGUCAGCCUCACUUCCUGUGCCCACUGGAGUGAGAACUGCUGUCUCUGGAAGACAGAGGUGCUGGUGAAGGCCUGUCCGGGCGGGUACCACGUGUACCGGUUUCAGGGCACCCCAGAAUGUGAUCUGAGAUACUGCACAGACCCCGCUACUAAGGAUAACAAGUGUGAGAAAACCUGCCGUCCUGAGGAGGAGUGCCUCACUCUUGAUGGCGUCACGGACUGUUUCUGCAGACAGAACCUCAACAGCUCUGAAGUCCACAGUUUGCAGCCUCAGCUGGACUGUGGGGCCAAGGAGAUCAAGGUGAAGUUGGAUAAGUGUCUGCUACAAGCCCAGGGUUUUAAGGAGGAGGUCAGUGCCUAUCUGCAGGAUCGGAAUUGCAGCAGCAUCAUACAAACAGAGGAAAGGAACUGGCUGUCCCUCUCUAGUCCUGUGCAGGCUAGUGCCUGCGGGAACAUUCUGGAGAGAAAUCAAACCCAUGCCUUCUACAAAAACACCAUCUCCUUGGUCAACGAUUUCAUCAUUAGAGACAUGAUCCUCAAGAUUAACUUUGAAUGUGCCUACCCUCUGGACAUGAAGGUCAGCCUUCAAACUGCCUUGCAGCCCAUUGUAAGCUCUCUGAAUGUCAGUGUGGGUGGGGCGGGAGAGUUCACUGUCCGGAUGGCCCUCUUCCAAGACCAGAACUACACUCGUCCUUACGAAGGGUCUUCGGCUGUGCUAUCAGUUGAAUCCAUGCUCUAUGUGGGCGCCAUCUUGGAGAGAGGGGACACCUCCCGCUUUAACCUGUUAUUGAGGAACUGCUAUGCCACCCCCACGGAAGACAAGGCUGACCCUGUGAAAUAUUUCAUCAUCAGAAACAGCUGUCCAAAUCAACGUGAUUCAACUAUCAAUGUGGAGGAGAAUGGGAUAUCCUCAGAAAGCCGGUUCUCAGUUCAAAUGUUCAUGUUUGCUGGAAAUUAUGACCUAGUUUUCCUGCAUUGUGAGGUUCAUCUCUGCGAUUCUGUUAAGGAACAGUGCCAGCCGUCCUGCUCAAGAAGUCAACUCCGCAGUGAAGCACUGGCCAUUGACCUGGCCCAGGUUCUAGAUUUGGGACCCAUCACUCGGAAAGGUGCUGAGUCUCCUGGUGUCAUGAAUGGAAACCCCAGAACUGCAGAACCCUUGAUGGCAUGGCGGAUCCUCCUCCUGCCUGUCCUCCUGGCUUGGUUGUUCUGAGAGCUCAGCUGAGCAUCUGGCCUCUGGCAAUGGCUUCCAUUUACCCUUCAGCACUCCUCCUCCCUCUCCAGAUCAAGCAGAUAGUCUUGGUAUUAACAUGCUGAAGUCCAGGAUAGGUAUGAGGAAAGGGAAGCUUUCACCUUCUUUUUGACACUCCCAGUGCUUUUGUAUUCUUUCCCACGGUGGGGCCCUGUCAUCCUUGUUCUGGGCUGGCUCUCUCAUUCAUUAUAGGGAUCUGAAAACAAACUUGCUAACUGCCUCUGUGGCCCCAGCCUUUACCAGAAGGGCAACAUAUGUUUAUAACUUCGGGGAAGAGGUAUCCCAUCAUGGGGUGGUAGGUGGGGUGAACACAUAUAAAAGGCCCACUCAUGACUCCUUUCCAAGCAUCUCCUGUUCUAACUGCUGAUGAAUUGAACGGACCCUUGUGUUCAUUUGCUUCCUCUGAUGUGUUUCCAUCAUGGUCUCCACAAUAGCCAUGGGGACAGGUAAAGGGGCUACAUUUGGAGACUCUGCUCCAGGGAAGACUGGUCCCCAUCACUCCGCAGUCCCCCACCAAACCACAGGCAUGCUGUGAUGUGCCUAGAGCUAACUGCACAAAUGCUGACCCCUGGGCCCUGGAUGCUGCAGGAACUGCUUGAUUUUGAUGCAGAGAACAACUCUCAUUGUACAUCAGGGUGUGCUGAAGGGUUAAGCAGGGAAUGUGAGCAGAAAAUGAGGCACCAACCUUGCUGUGGGACUGUAGCAGUGAAGCCUGGGGGAUGGCUGAAGACCCUUUCUGGGAACCUUUCAUGAAACUUCACAAAGCACUCCUCAAGGAAGCUGCAAAUGGAAACUGUUUCCCUUCCCCAGUGGCUGCACAUUAAGCCUCUCCAUGCUAGUCUCAGAGAGAAUGUCAGCAGCCAGGGCCAGAUCACUGGGUGCUGAGCCUGUGUCUCUGCUGGGAAGAGACUUUUCAAUGUGCUGCCUUGUUCAGAGAUAGUGUGGUUGCAAGAAGAAGAAGACACUAACUCCAACUAAUGCAGGUAUAAGGGGAAUUCAUAUAAGGCUAUGUGAGGAUAAAGCCCAAGGGUAGGAGAGACAUCCUGGCUGUGCAUGCACUGGGAAUGGACCCUGGCAGGCCACAAGAAACCAGGGUUGUCCAUUUUCCUAUCAUUCUUUCUCAAGCCACAUAGCCUUUUACACCUGCUUAUCCUUGUGUGUCUCCUACUAUUCCCUCCUCUCUGAAGCCAGCUUUUCCUGUUUAUUCAUCCCUUGGUCAAAUAUAGGCAUUCCAGCUUCUUAUCACUACCUACUUCAGAGAUCAGCAGAAAUUGACAAGCAUCUUGUUAUCCCACAUUCAAACGACACCAGCUGUUGAGUCGCUUAGGUACGAGGCCAGGCAAGUGGGUCCAUCUAAGUAAAAAAGAGUUGAUGGCUAUGAUUUGAUGAGGCAGGUCUCAGACAAAUGGGACUGUUUCUUGGACAGACACUCUUCAAAGACCACUAUGAUAAUGGUUUCAUUAAAAGAGGGCCUUCUGGAAAGAAUUGAUUCCUGUUUCCUCAGUGAGUCAGAGAACUUGUAUGUACAUUUGAAAGGAGGUGAGAUGGUUGGAAAAAGCCUGGAGGAGAGCUCUGGAGGUUCUAACCUCCCUUCUCUGAGGUUCAGCUUCUUCCUUCUGCAGAAUAAGAGGAGUUGGACUAGAUCAAGAUUUUCAGAUAUUUUUUUAACUAGUAGAACUAUUCCUUCAAAUACAGUUCUAUGCAGACAUCUAAUAUAUAGAGAUUUAAAGCAAAUAGACUCUUGUCGAUGUCAGGUAGGGAGCUUAGCUCUCCAAUUCUGUGAUUUUCUCCUCAAGCCCUCAAGGAAAUUCCAUGAUAACCCACAGGGCUACCAAGGACAAAGUUUUGGAACUCCCUGUGACAUAUGAACGCUUUCUUCUAGAAUAAACUACAUAGGAUUCCACGUAACUAAAGUCAACCCUAGCUGUCUGUCUUAUGACUUCCUAUCUGUCUAUAUCAUCUAUGUAUCUAUCACCUAUCUAUCAUCCAAAAUCUAUCUAUCUAUCAUCUAUCUUUCUAUCUAUCUAUCUAUCUAUCUAUCUAUCUAUCUAUCUAUCAUCUAUUCAUGCAUCUAUCAUAUCUCUACUUAUUUAUCAUUUAGCCAGACAACUAGCUAUAUAUAUUUUUUUGUUUGUUUGUUUGUUUUGUUUUGUUUUCUGCAAACGAGUGAACUGAUUAACAAUC